AUGUUCAGAUCUGUUUUGCGUUUCCAACAGCCAACCAGAGCUUUUGUGAGAGGUUUGGCUACUUCGGCUGAAAAGACUUCAAGAAUCAAGAGUUUCCAGAUCUACAGAUGGAAUCCAGACACACCAGAAGUGGCUCCCACUAUGCAGAAGUACGAUAUAGACUUGAACGACUGUGGUCCCAUGGUUCUAGAUGCGAUCUUGAAGAUCAAGAACGAGCAGGAUUCAACCUUGACGUUCAGAAGAUCGUGUCGUGAAGGUAUCUGUGGUUCGUGUGCCAUGAACAUUGGAGGCAGAAACACCUUGGCCUGUUUGUGUCGUAUAGACACCGACACUUCGAAGGAUUUGAAGAUCUACCCAUUGCCUCACAUGUUUGUAGUGAGAGACUUGGUACCAGACUUGACCCACUUCUACAAGCAAUACAAAUCCAUUCAGCCAUAUUUACAGAGAGACACACCUCCAACUGACGGUAGAGAGAACUUGCAGUCAAUUGAAGACAGAGCUAAGUUGGAUGGUUUGUACGAGUGUAUCCUCUGUGCCUGUUGUUCUACUUCGUGUCCUUCUUACUGGUGGAACCAACAGCAAUACUUGGGUCCAGCCGUGUUGAUGCAGGCCUACAGAUGGUUGAUCGACUCCAGAGACGAAGCCUCCAAGAUCAGAAGAGAAAUGUUGCAGAACUCAAUGUCGUUGUACAGAUGCCACACCAUCAUGAACUGCUCGAGAACAUGUCCUAAGGGCUUGAACCCGGGUAAGGCCAUUGCCGAGAUCAAGAAGCAGUUGGCUUUUGAUUAG